CUGAGCCUCGGCGUGCACAACGUAAAAACAUAGACCGCAUAGAUACGUUAACCGCAGCCAUGGCUGCAGCAGCAGGCCCUGUUAACAGCAGCUCUUGCGUGGCUACUACUAUAGCGCUUGUAGACCUUCUGGACAUAGCCAAGCACGUCUUCGAGGUGCCCCAGGAGCAGAGACCAUACAGCUGGGACAAAUGGAUUGUGGGCGACCUGCUCAGUGACAUUGAGCGGGCCCUUGACCGCAAUGAUGAAUAUUACCUCCUCGGAAGCAUCGUGCUUAUGCAAGAAGCCGACAGCAAGUGCUAUGAUGUCAUCGAUGGACAGCAGCGUCUCACGACGCUUGUGGCCCUGUACGUGGUGCUGCGCGGCCGCAUGCUCGAGGUCAGCAAGAAGCUGGCAACGUCUGAGCGCAGCGAGCAAGAGCAACGCCUUCGCGAUGAGCUCCUGACUCGCAUGUCCAAUCGGUUCGUGUGCGGCGAUGUUCGUAUCCUGAAAAACGGCACCGGCCGAAAGGCCGACCGCCGCAACCUCAGGUCCCUGGUGAACUUGGUCGACUGGGAUGGUCAGGACCUGGAGUGCACGCCUGGCGGCUGCGAGGACGCGGAGGUGGACGAGAAUGAGGACAGCGGCAGGCGACGGGACGUGUUCAAGGAGUGCCUGGGCACAGCUGGCAAGGUGGCCACGAACGCGCGGAUCAUGCUCGACUGGCUCGACAACGAGUACCUGAACAAAGACAGCGGUGACUUGAAGGCCAACUGGUGCAAGCUGUUAAACCUGCUACAGUUCCUGGACAGCCGGGUCUAUGUCACUGCCACCAAGUGCCGGGGCAGUCGGACCCUUGCGUUCAAGACCUUCGUGGCCACCAACAGCACCGGCAAGCCUCUGACACAAGUGGACCUCUUGAAGGCGCUGCUGGUGCAGGAAAGGGAUCACAGGAGCGGCUCACGUGCAGGCGGCGUGCUCGGAACAUGGGACGAAUGCUGCACGUUGCUGGAGAAGACCAUGAGCGACCUGAGCAAGGAGCCGCACACCAACAUGUGGCACACGAUUGUGGCGUCUGAAGACUUCACUUGCCGCCACUUGCGGCGGUCCGGUGCUGGCCAAUCUGGGCCGCUUAUCACACCAACCCUGUUCGCGGAGCUGAUGGAGCACAUCCGCACUGUGCACGACCCCUUCAACUACUACAAGGCGAUGAACCAGGUCCAGUACUUCACGGACAUCUUCGACAUUGAAGGAGACUAUGCAGACUUUGCGGAGGAGGCCGACUACUCGGAGGGGGAUGACAAUGAGGAGGAGGGCAAGGGGGAGGAGGAAGAGGAGGGGGAGGUGGCGGCGGCGGAGGUCGAGCAGGAGCGGGGCAUUCAUCAGGCCCCAUCCAAAUUCGUCUCCUGGCAGCUCAAGCCAUACACGCACGCACUGAUGGCCAUCUUGCAGCCAUACAAUCACUUCCUUACGUUUCUUGGCGGCGGCAAGCAGGGCAAGCAGGGAAAGCAGGGUGGUAACAGCAGCGAUGACAAGCCGCAGCAGCGGCCCCUGCAGACAGGCACUGCCAAGCUGCUGGAGACCGUGCGGGCGGCCCUUUCUGAGCUUCACUACAUCCCGCACGGAGAGUGGCGCACACCUGUGCUGCAGGCGGUGAACAUGGUGUCCAAACUGAUCAGAAAGGACUCGGAGGCGCAGGCGAAUGCGCUGGGCGUGACCAUCAAGGAUGCCCUGACGGAGCUGCUGAAGUUUGUGCAAGGGCUCCAGGCGUUGGCCGUGUACAUGUGCAUGGCCACGUCAGCAGGAGGGCAGGGCGGCUCCAAGCUGCAGUUCGACCACCGGAAGCGGUGCACCGUUUAUGGCAACAUUCUGCAAGCUCUGCUACAUGGUACGGGUGGCGAGUCACAGCGCCAAUUUGCGAGGGCCGUCAACAACAUUCUCGGCAAGAAGGAGUUGCUGGAGCGGCUAACGGCCGCACAGACAGCCAUAUGGCGCGGAGAAGGCGAGGGCGUGAAAGGCCUGCCAACUAGCAGGAAGCAAGCGGCCGCCAAGUUGAGCAAGCUGCUGCGAGACCGUGACGUGUACAAGGGCGAGCGCGCAUGCCAGCUGCCGCGCGCACUGCUGCUGAUGGCGGAAAACUUCGGGGCUGUCAAGAUGUUUGCGGCGGCCGACCUGCACAUCGAGCACAUCCUGCCACAGAGGCCGGACAGCGGCUGGUAUGUCGGCACAGACGACGCGCCGCCACCCUUUUCCGUCACCGAUGGGCGCAACUUCCCCAAGGACUACGGCCUGCACCGACUGGGCAACCUCGCGCUCAUGUCAAGCAUGGACAACCGUAGCGCCUCCAACAAGGUGUGGGAAAUCAAGAAGGAGAUGUUCGUCAAGUACGAGAAGUACGAGACGACCCGCAACCUGAGCAAUUACGAUCGGUGGGACGCCAGUGCCAUCAAAAAACGCGCAGACUUCCUCAUCGACCGCUUGCUCAAAAAGUGGUUCACGGCUGAUGAAGUGUCCGCCGCCUCGAGCGCCGCUGAAGUGUCCGCCUUGGGCGCCGGCACUGAGGCUGACGAAACGGACGACCAGGCCGCCGAGGAGGAGCAGCAAGUGACCCUAUUCCUCACCGCUGGCCGCGUCAUGCCGGGCGCGAGACAGCCAAGCGAUGUUGGCGCCGUGCACGCGCGCUGGACCAAGACCAGGUCCGACGCGUUCAAGAACGCUGAGCUCUACGAGCACGUGCUGGUGGACCCGAAAGGGCGCACCGCUGCUGGUCUAGUGCGUUUUGUGCGCGACACGUUCAGCUUCGCCCCUUCCCUGCUGAAUAGCGCGAAGGGGCGGGAGCAGCUGCGGCAGCAGCUGGCCGAGCGGGCGCGCCUACUCGUGGGUGGCACCGCCCCCGUGAAGCUGCCGCGCUUCGAGGACAGCAGCAAGCUGGAGCGGCUGUUGAAGGCGCUCCUGGCGCCGCCCCCUGCGGAAGUAGGCAUAGCAGACUCCACCGCAGCGGAGAUGCCGGCGGCAGCCCAGCAGCAGCAGCCGGGUCAGAAGCGAAAGAUGCAGCAGGGCGGAGGCCAAGCUGCGGGAGCCAAGCGGAAGCAGCCGCUGCCUUCGGAGCAGCUUCUGGCCGCGGGCCAGGCAGCGGCGGCGGCUGGAUUAGCUGGCGAGUCCGAUGCGGCGCUGAAGCAGCAGGCGCGCAAGCUGCCACAGGGCACAGCGGCGCAGGAGAAGCAGUCGGCGGUGGUUGAGCAGCAGCGCGACGGCCAAGCCCCGACUAAGGAAACGGCCAACAAGCAGGAGAGCAAACAGGUGCCGGGGAAACAGCAGCAGCCGGUGAUUGACAAGGAGAAGCAGGCGGCGGUUGCGGAUGAGCGCGAGAAGGGGCAGAAGGGGAUGCAGCAGUAAGCCGGCGCCAACGAAGGGAAGUUUGCCAUGCACACUGCGGUUUGAUAAUGAUAAACGGCUUGACCGUGUGUGGUAUUUGGCUUUGGUAAAACACGACGCGCACAGGCUGCGUGGCUGCCGUGGAUGGCAAGCUAGCGGGGGGUUAUUUUAUGUUAUCUAUCGUAGUGACAUGAAUUUCCUGAGAUUCCAAGCAAAACUGCCAGCAGCUCAGAGUGACAGUGCAGGAUUGUGACGGCUGGGCGGGCUGCAUACUGGAUAGGGCCCAUCUUCACAAUGGUGCAGAAACGUUUGGAUGGAUGUGCGGUCACGAUGUGCGGUUGUGUAUAGGGCGCACUGUGAUUGACAGUGCGUCAACGGCAUGACAUUUAGUUUGUGCAGAUCUUAUUUGCAGAUGCCAUUGUAAGAACUUGGGAGGUGGUAAGCCGGAGGAAUUGCGUUGUGGUUGGCCGUGAUGCGUUUUCAGUGGUCCGGGAGGGCUAGCGUGUGGGGUCGGGUGAAGGCCGCCCAGCAGCAGGCGUUGGCAACCUAGUCUUGCGACAUCGGUAGUUCAUCGGUGUUGCAAGGCUAUUCUAGAUGGAGGACGGCAAUGCCCUACGUAGCGUUGAAGCAGGACAAGGAAAGGAGGUCAUCCGCGAUUCAAGGAAGAGAGGAAGGGCCACGUUUACUGUACUACGAAUGGUAGAAGGCGAAUGGUAGAAGACGCAUGACACGGUAACUUGUUUGUUCCCGCCCGAACUAGCCGUGGCGUUUCGUGGCCACACUUCCAUUGGCCUAACAGUGGACACCGUGGCCGCGCAUACAGUGGACGCUCAUCCCCCGCCAAGUCCUCG